CGGCCGAGGGAGGGGCGGCGGCGCGAGCGGCGGCGGCGGCGGCGGUUCCAGCAUGAAGAGGAGAGCUGGCCUGGGGGGCAGCAUGAGGUCAGUGGUGGGCUUCUUGUCCCAGCGGGGCUUGCAUGGGGACCCCCUGCUCACUCAGGACUUUCAGAGGAGACGCCUGCGGGGCUGCAGAAACCUCUACAAGAAGGACCUUCUCGGCCACUUCGGCUGUGUCAAUGCCAUUGAAUUCUCCAACAAUGGAGGCCAGUGGCUGGUCUCAGGAGGAGAUGACCGCCGGGUUCUGCUAUGGCAUAUGGAACAAGCUAUCCAUUCCAGGGUCAAGCCCAUACAACUGAAGGGAGAACACCACUCCAACAUUUUCUGCCUGGCUUUCAACAGUGGGAACACCAAAGUCUUCUCUGGAGGAAAUGAUGAGCAAGUUAUCCUCCAUGAUGUUGAAAGUAGUGAGACCCUGGAUGUGUUUGCUCAUGAAGAUGCAGUGUAUGGUUUGUCGGUGAGCCCAGUGAAUGACAACAUUUUUGCCAGCUCUUCAGAUGAUGGCCGAGUUCUCAUUUGGGACAUCCGGGAGUCUCCCCAUGGAGAGCCCUUCUGCCUGGCAAAUUAUCCAUCAGCCUUUCACAGUGUCAUGUUUAAUCCUGUGGAGCCCAGGUUAUUGGCCACAGCCAAUUCAAAGGAAGGAGUGGGACUAUGGGACAUUAGAAAACCUCAGAGUUCUCUCCUGCGCUAUGGUGGCAACUUAUCUCUCCAAAGUGCCAUGAGUGUGCGAUUCAACAGCAAUGGGACCCAACUCCUGGCCCUGCGGCGGCGCCUGCCCCCUGUCCUCUAUGACAUCCACUCCCGCCUGCCAGUGUUCCAGUUUGAUAAUCAGGGUUACUUCAACUCAUGCACUAUGAAGAGCUGCUGCUUUGCAGGGGAUCGUGACCAGUAUAUCCUUUCAGGCUCUGAUGACUUCAACCUGUACAUGUGGAAGAUUCCUGCAGAUCCAGAAGCAGGUGGCAUUGGCAGGGUGGUCAAUGGAGCCUUCAUGGUGCUGAAAGGGCAUCGGUCCAUUGUUAACCAGGUCCGGUUUAACCCCCAUACGUACAUGAUCUGCUCUUCUGGUGUAGAAAAGAUUAUUAAGAUCUGGAGCCCAUACAAGCAGCCAGGAUGUACAGGAGACCUGGACGGUCGGAUUGAAGAUGAUUCCCGCUGCCUCUACACCCAUGAAGAGUAUAUCAGCCUUGUACUGAACAGUGGGAGUGGCCUGUCCCACGACUACGCUAACCAGUCCGUCCAGGAAGAUCCCCGGAUGAUGGCUUUCUUUGACUCUUUGGUGCGUCGUGAGAUUGAGGGCUGGAGCUCUGACUCAGACAGUGAUCUCAGCGAGAGCACCAUCCUUCAGUUGCAUGCGGGGGUCAGUGAGCGCUCUGGCUACACUGACUCAGAAUCGUCAGCCUCACUGCCUCGCUCCCCACCUCCCACAGUGGACGAGUCUGCCGACAAUGCCUUCCAUCUGGGGCCACUGCGUGUCACCACCACAAAUGCGGUGGUGUCAAACCCAGCAACACCGACCUGUGAGGAUGCAGCCUCUCGCCAGCAGCGCCUGUCUGCUCUGCGGCGCUACCAGGACAAGCGCCUCCUGGCCCUGUCUAAUGAGUCUGAUUCUGAAGAGAAUGCCUGUGAGGCUGAACUGGACACAGAUCUCUUCCCUCGGCCAAGGUCACCCAGCCCCGAGGAUGGAUCCAGCAGUUCCAGCAGCUCUAGUAGCUCGGAAGAGGAAGAGGAAUUGAACCAACGCCGAGCCAACACCCGGCAGCGAAAUGCCAUGCGGAGGCGACAGAAGACCCCCCGGGAAGAGCGGCCCAACGCUCCAGUUAAGCCCACCAACACCUACAUUGGAGAGGACAAUUACGACUACCCCCAGAUCAAGGUGGAUGACCUUUCCUCCUCCCCUAACUCCUCCCCUGAGCGGAGUGCUUCCAAUCUGGAUAUCCAACCAAGCCGGGCACCACCAACUGCCAACAUGGAAUCAGUAGAGCGAAAGAUUUAUAAAGCUUACAAAUGGCUCCGCUACUCCUAUAUCUCUUACUCGAACAACAAAGAUGGAGAAACCUCUUUAGUGGCAGAGGAGGCAGAUGAAGGGAGGGCAGGAACCAGCCCCAAAGAUAACCCAACCCCUUCUUCCAGUAAGGAAGCCUGCCCAACCCAGAGAGACCAGGAGCUGUCCCCUGAAGGCUGCAGCAGAGAUACUUGCAAAGAAGAGCCUUCCACCAGGAAUCCCAGCAGCAGCGCAGGCCAUGAGCACAGUAGCCAUCUCUGGGCAGAGGUGCCAGAGGGCACCUCUCAGGACACUAGCAAUAGCGGCCCUCUAGAACACCCUUUUGAAACCAAGAAGCUCAAUGGGAAGGCCCUGAGCAAGGCCCUGAGCAGCCGGGCUGAGGAGCCGCCCUCUCCUGUCCCCAAGGCAUCGGGCUCCACUCUCAACAGUGCGUCUGGCAACUGUCCCAGGACCCAGUCUGAUGACAGUGAGGAGAGGAGCCUUGAAACCCUCUGUGCCAACCACAACAAUGGACACUUGCACCCCCGACCCCCUCACCCUCACAAUAACGGGCAGAACUCUGGGGAGCUGGAGACAGUGGUCCACCCAGACACUGUCCAUGAUAACCCAUCCCUGACAGGGACAUUUCUGCACAAAGAUUGUUGUGGGUCUGAAAUGGCCUAUGAGGACCCCAGUACUGGAACAAAAGAAGACCCCACUGACCCCUCAGCCAUGGACAGCAGCAAGGUUGUUCAUGGCCACAGUGGCCUCAAAAGGCACCGAAUUGAAUUGGAAGACACAGAUUCAGAGACCUCCUCCUCAGAGAAGAAAUUAAAAACAUGAUAAAUACAAAGGGAAGGCAAAAAGCUACAAAAAGUAGCCUUACAAAAUAAUUUUUUCUUGUUUAAUGAACACAGAGGAAAGGAAAAAGUAUUAAAGGCACAUAAAACCAGAGCCUGAACCGUGUCUGCUGCUGCUCCUUCCGCCCACCACUCUCCAGUGGGUUGGAGUGUCCAGCUAGCACUGCCUCGUGCUCCGCUGAGAAGGGGGGAGACUCCUAAUGGCUCCUCGCCAGUGAGAUGGGAGCAUAGCAUUCCUGUGCAGGCUCUGUGAUAUUGAUCCUGUCUUGCGACGUUUGGCUUGUUGUGUGUAUGUACCUGCUGGCACAUGUGGGCUCGUUGUCUUAUGAGGCCUUUCUUUUAACUGUCCAUCAGCGAAGCCGUCUCACCUGUCGAUUGUUCACAUGACAUAGCUGGUCUGGUCUUAAUGAGAUUGUGUUGCAGUGAGCUGUAGAUUUAUACUAGCGGAAAGGAAAGGCCUGCCUUCAGCUCAUUGGCUGUGCUGGAAAGGAAAACAUGGCUCCUUUUUCAGUGCUCCAUGUUUUCUCCAGCUAACACAUGGUCGAGCACUUACUGUGACCCUAAGUGAAACAUCGUUCCUGCUAAGAAGAAGUUGACACUUAGCUCAGAUCCUGAUAGUGUCACUGUUUGCAUAAGGGGUGGAGCUGCCCUCUGUGCUGUGAGGUCCAUUCAGUAACUAGUGAGCAACACUCUUUAACCACUUACAUGCUGGCUCCUAAGAGGCACUCAAGGCCAGCAGGUGCUUCCUUGGCUCCAAGUAACGGAGUCUCGGCAUACUGAAAGAAGAAAGGACCGCUCAGGAGAGUGUUUUACCCAAAUUAAUAAAAUGGCUGGUAGAAGGAUGCUAAUGAGUUGUAGUAAAGAGCAGAAUGAGGUACUGUAUCCAGUGAGUCCCAUCAGUCAGAAUGAGACUGUAUCCAGUGAGUCCAUCAGUCAGAAUGAGGUACUGUAUCCAGUGAGUCCAUCAGUCAGAAUGAGGUACUGUAUCCAGUGAGUCCCAUCAGUCAGAAUGAGGUACUGUAUCCAGUGAGUCCGUCAGUCAGAAUGAGAUACUGUAUCCAGUGAGUCCUUCAGUCAGAAUGAGAUACUGUAUCCAGUGAGUCUAUCAGUCAGAAUGAGGUACUGUAUCCAGUGAGUCCAUCAGUCAGAAUGAGGUACUGUAUCCAGUGAGUCCAUCAGUCAGAAUGAGGUACUGUAUCCAGUGAGUCCAUCAGUCAGAAUGAGAUACUGUAUCCAGUGAGUCCAUCAGUCAGAAUGAGAUACUGUAUCCAGUGAGUCCAUCAGUCAGAAUGAGGUACUGUAUCCAGUGAGUCCAUAAGUCAGAAUGAGAUACUGUAUCCAGUGAGUCCAUAAGUCAGAAUGAGAUACUGUAUCCAGUGAGUCCAUCAGUCAGAAUGAGGUACUGUAUCCAGUGAGUCCAUCAGUCAGAAUGAGAUACUGUAUCCAGUGAGUCCAUCAGUCAGAAUGAGGUACUGUAUCCAGUGAGUCCAUAAGUCAGAAUGAGAUACUGUAUCCAGUGAGUCCAUAAGUCAGAAUGAGAUACUGUAUCCAGUGAGUCCAUCAGUCAGAAUGAGGUACUGUAUCCAGUGAGUCCAUCAGUCAGAAUGAGGUACUGUAUCCAGUGAGUCCAUAAGUCAGAAUGAGGUACUGUAUCCAGUGAGUCCGUCAGUCAGAAUGAGGUACUGUAUCCAGUGAGUCCGUCAGUCAGAAUGAGGUACUGUAUCCAGUGAGUUCAUCAGUCAGAAUGAGAUACUGUAUCCAGUGAGUCCAUAAGUCAGAAUGAGAUACUGUAUCCAGUGAGUCCAUAAGUCAGAAUGAGAUACUGUAUCCAGUGAGUCCGUCAGUCAGAAUGAGGUACUGUAUCCAGUGAGUCCAUCAGUCAGAAUGAGAUACUGUAUCCAGUGAGUCCGUCAGUCAGAAUGAGGUACUGUAUCCAGUGAGUCCAUCAGUCAGAAUGAGGUACUGUAUCCAGUGCCAGUCCAUUCAGCUGAAUUGACAAGCCUGGCACCUUCACUCAGGCUUGGAGUUGUCAGAGACUGUGGGGUUCCACCUGAACUUUGCAGAGUAGUGGGCAUCUGUUAGGAGGCAGGGCAUAUCGAAAGACAAGUCUUUGAUUUGUCUCCUGGCUCCCAGAAGACAUUCUGUUCUGUUGAAGUAGGUAACAACGGAGAGAAGAAAAUACCAAAUUUCCAGUGUAUAGUGGUGAUGGUAGUUCCUGAGUUGUCACUAAAGGCUUGUGUAAGACGGGAAGACCUAAGGAUGCCCAGAUGUCUGUGGUGUAGAUGUUAAAGCAGGAGGAAGAGUGGAACGUUGGAUGCAGAUGAACUAGACAGCUGAAGCCUGGCUGGAACUGGCCUAGAGAGACUUAGCACAAGGCAACUGGGGCUUCACUGAGGAGCGUUCCUUUCAGAGGAGGACUUGUCCUGCUGGGAUGGAGCUGAGAGAAGACCACCUGUGGAAGCUGAAGAAUGGAUGAUGUUCAGUGCUGGGAGCCAGGGUUCUUAUAAAAGGAAGGUGAUUGGUAAGAGCCAGGAGGAUAUAUCAUCUUGCUGAGCUUUUUGGAAGGGAGAUGUGCUUAGUGUCUGGUGACAUGGCUGAGGUGUGAAAGCACAGUUUGGGAGGGAGAGGAAGGCGCCUGAGGAGAGUGGGGAUGCAUACAGUCAGCGGCUCGACUCCUCCUGGGGAGUGGGACAGUUCUGUAACCAACCUUAGAAUUACUUUAGAUUUGUAAUUAAAAUGGUUCUAUGAUUUAUCUUUUGACUAUUCACAGAUAAUUGUAAAUUCUGGUUUUAUAAGCCCAAGUCAUUUUACAUUUGCUUUUCCAAAAUGAUUAAAUUGGAAUUUUUAAUCCUUUAUGUACAAAAAAGUUACAAACACUCAGUGUGUGUGUCUCUUCCCCUUAGUCAGCAUACCUGGUUCUUCUAUUCCAUGUUAUCUUAAUCUAAUCAGAUAGAUUCACAUUCCACAUAUCUUCCUGGAGGCAAAAGAAAGCAAAAUUAGCUAUUGAUAAUUAGUUUCCAACUGCCAAGUGUGGUCCCUCAUGUAAAAACUGUCUGUCUUAUUUGGGUACUCAAAAACAUUCAAAAGUCGAAGUACACUUAGUCCAUAACUGUAGAUGCUGAGAGAGGUCAUCCUUUGAGGGAUCAUUCCAUGCUGGGGAGAGACUUCCAAGAGAUGGUCCCUGAAAUAACCACCAGAGCAAGAGGAAAAGGAUGCUGCUUUUAACCACUCUACACUCCUUCCCAGAGGUCUUGUGUUGUGUGGUCCUGGUACUGGAACCCUGAUGUGAACCACAUCAAAGAUCCCUUUGCCUGGACCAUUGUAGAUUCCAGGUCUCCCAUGUUGAAGACAUAUUUAAUUCCCAAAUCCUUCCAUGAUGGGUGUUUUCCCUAGCAGGAGAGGACACUGAUCAGGCUGAGAACUCCUGGAAGUGCCUCUUAAGGAUUUUUUUCUGCAUCCUGUACAUAAUGUUUUAAGCAGCAGGUCCAGGUCUGUGAACCUGUUUCUCUUCCCCUUAUUUCUCACCUGGUUUUGUAAAUGAUUCUCAACUGAUAAAUGAGUUCAUUGAGUUGUUGGUUUGAGGCAAAAGAAGUUUGCAACUGUGCUGAUUUAAUAGGAGUCUCGUGUUGUCUGUCAAGGUGCCUUCCUCUGCUGAAGCCUUACCUCCUCACAGCCCUGCCUCUUCUCCCCCAGCAACGCUGACUCUUCUCUGUGUAUAUGCAAAUAAACCUAUUAAUCACUU